UGAACAUUUGGUUUCGACUUUGAUGCGUGCAGGUGUGGUGUAAGUAAUCUCAGCUCGAAGGAGUUCGUCAGAAAAGAAACCAAAAAUAAAUAGCAAUGAUUCAAAAAAUGUCAAGAAAAAAAUAGCCACAACAAAUCCGACAAACUCUAAGUGUUUGCUGUCGAUACCGAACGAAAAAGAGAAGCCAGGACGUUUACCUUACUCUGGGCAGUUCACGAAAACGAGAAACGAAAAUGCGCCGUACAGGGUUGUUAGUGAAGUCGAACUAGACGAAACGAAUCCCGUCGAAAUGGGUGAGUCUGAAGAUUGCGCCAUCGCCGGAGACGGAAAAACGUCGGUUAAAGAAGAACCACCAGAAAUAUUAAACCUAGAUAAGACUAUUGAAGAGUUAAAGGCGGCGACGGAAUACAAAUUUAUUUAUCUAGUUUACGCAGUUAGCAAAAAAUCUAAAUAUUUUUCACCGUAUAAUUUCAAAAUUGUUCUGUUCAAAAAUAUCAACAAACGUUGUUUCUUUACGCUAAGUAAUGAAGGUAUGUUGUCUGAGAUUCAAAACGAAGUGACAUUCACUCCAUUUGGGCAAUUCGAAGAGGAAUAUAGAUCAUAUAAGAAAGUCGUAAAAAUACCAUUGUUUAAAAACUACCUACAAUGGAAGUGUCUGCACUUCUGGUACAAAUACAUUUCACAGAACAAGUACUGUUGGGCGCGAGAAGAGCUACAAGGGCCUCUAUCGUUAUUCAUGUUGUCCGCUCCACUACGGGACGCGUCGUUAAAGGUGUCUGCCCUGAUUCACCAGACCGCGGCAAUAAGCUUGUACAACGGUUCGGUUACCGAAGAAAACACCCUUCAAGGGUUUAAAGAACAACAGGAGAAUAGCACUGAGGCGGCCGUCGGACACUUGCAGAAUCUGCGCCUGACGGUCCAAGGCUUAGUACAGGCCGCGUGCUCCAGCGCCCUGGCCGAAUGCGGGUUCACCACGGACGACUCGGAAUUCCGUACCACAAAGACCUCGCGUAUAGCAAAGACCCAAGCCGGUGGUGGUAGUACCACCACCUACACGAUGCCGUUCGUAAAACAAAGGUCCAAACUUAAAUGUUGUCAGAGGAUAUGUCGGUUUAUCGCGUUCGUCGAUUUCCAGUUGCAGUCGCAUCUGCACAAGAUAGCCACGAAUCAGAUCGUUCGUUUUGAGGCGGACGUGCGCAGGCACUACAAAUACGUUCCCGACGAACUUCAUCAUACGAACGGCCGUGCCGACGACGUCGAUACUGUGCUGGAAAGUGACAGAUCUUCGGACGAUCCAAAGUCACCACUGUUCGUGUUGGAGGCAUUUUUAACAAAAAAUGGUAUCGAGUUCGAUAACGCGCAAAACGAUUUCAUCAAUUACGUGUCGUUUUUAAUGGAAAACUGGAAAUGGAUCGUUAUCACACACGUUCCACCGCUUCUGGAUGAUAUCGAAUUCAACGAUUUCGUAAUCCCGUCAAUUUGUGGUAAACAAAAUGAUCGAGUAUGUGGCAACGGACCAUCAUUGCAGUUUGUAUUCGAAAUUGAUGGUGCAUACCAGAGCACCACGGAAAAAAUCUUGAAUUAUUUCACAACGAAUUUUAAGGCGGUCCACAAGUACUUAAAACGUCUGGAAUAUGUUCACAUUAUUUACAGAGAAAACGAAGAUAUCGAUCAAGGAACUAUCGAAAACGAAACCAGCAUUAUUAAUUUUCGAAAAAUGUUAGAGAAAUACAGACAACAAAUAACCGACGUCGACAAAAUAAAAACUGUACAAAUGUUGGGAAUGUUUCAUUUAAAAUUACACCUUUUAAAAAAUGUUGCUAAACCAACCUGCGAAUAUUUAUUAGAGCUAGUGGAAAAAACGCUUGUAAAAGCGGGCAAACGGCUGGUGAAUGAGCUGUCAAACGAAAUAAAUGAUUCUCUCAAGUACCUACAUACUUCACCAUCUACUGCUGCACAAUACGUAGAUUAUAAAAAAUUCCUGGAACAUUUUUCUAUAAGGUUGGACGAAAUAGAUAAAAAUCAUAACUAUAUAAGAGAUCUUUAUGAGUUAGCCGAAAAAUUUGCAGUGCCCGUUCCCGAUGAAGAUAUUGAAAAUUAUGAUAAAUUUGCAGACGCUCUUUCUACUCUACAAACAACUUUUGAGGACAUUAAUAAUGAACAAGACAAACUCAUUAGAGAAUUCGUCAAAAAAAUUGAAAUUCAUAUAAAAGACAUGAUUCAAGAUGUGGAACAAAUAAAUACUGAAGCCAAUGAAUUGUGGUUAACUGAUAUUAACAGUAAUAAAGAAGAAGUAAAAUUGGCCUUAUCUAAGCUUAAUAAUCGAUUAGUAGAACGCCAAGAAGAAUCGAAUUUGUAUGAGUCUUACCAGAGUUUCUUUCGAGUAAAGAUGACCAAGUUUGAUGUUCUAAGCGAUGCAAGUGAAGCUGUAGGACUUAGAAUUUUGAUGUGGGAUAGCUUAGACGAAUGGGAAAAAAAAAUGUCUAUUUGGGAAGAAGAUCAUUUUCAUAAUUUAGAAGUGGAACAAAUGAACACAUUCUUAGCACUAAAUUUAAAAUACGUAACGCAAUUUAAAAAAAAUAUUCCUGCAUGCAACCUUGUUGAUCUUAUUGACCAAAAAGUACAGUCAUUCAAACAAAAAAUGACGAUUAUAGCAAUGUUAAGAAAUCCAAGUCUCAAGGACUAUCAUUGGAUUAAAAUCGAGCAAAUCCUUGGGACGACGUUUCCAACUAAUCAAUAUCUUACUCUAAUUAUGCUCGAAAAAUUCGGUGCUUUCAAAUACGGUUCUGAAAUAAUAGAUGUUUCAAUGCAGGCAAGUUCUGAAGCUACUUUAGAAGCGUUGUUAAAGAAAGUCGAAGAUUCUUGGAAAGUUAUUGAUUUGAUUGUUCUUCCUUACAAAAAUACUAACGAUCUUUUUAUACUCGGUUCAUUGGAAGAAGUUCAAUUAACAUUGGAAGAAACAAAUAUAAACUUAAAUUCUCUCAUUUCAUCAAAACACAUAGUGAUGAUUAAACCAAAAGUUGAAGAAUGGAUAAAUUCUAUGACCAUUAUGAAUGACAUUCUAACGGAAUGGAUAUUGUGCCAGAAUAACUGGAUUCAUUUGGAAUUGAUGUUUGCUGCUCCGGAUAUACAACGACAACUUCCAAACGAAGCUAAAUUGUUUAAUCAAGUGAACAGUUCAUGGAAGAACAUAAUGCUAAAGGUUGUAAAAAAUCCUUUAGCAAUAAGCACAUGCACCGACACCGACCUAUUGAAAACUCUUAUAAAAAACAAUCAAGAAUUAGAACAAAUAGUAUUAUAUUUGGAAGCGUAUUUAGAAUCAAAAAGAGUUGUGUUCCCACGAUUCAAUUUCUUAGCAAACGAUGAACUUUUAGAAUUGAUUGCCCAAGCUCGAAAUCCCAGAGCUGUACAACCGUACAUGAACAAAUGUUUUGAUGCUAUUUGGCGAAUUCGAUUUGAAAACGACGACGAAGAAGGAAAACCAUUACAAUCAGCAAUAGAUGGAAAAUAUAGUACACCCACAGACGUUAUCGCCAUGAUAUCUCCGGAAAGAGAGAUUGUAAAAUUCGUGUCACCGAUCAAAGCCACUGGGAACAUAGAAUUUUGGCUAUCGAGGGUAGAAAAGGAGAUGGUAAAUACAUUACGAUCGCUCAUGUCCAUAGCCAUAGAAGAUUAUGAGGAAAUUCCUAGAGAAAAAUGGGUGUUACUACAUGCUAACCAGGUUACAAUUUUAAUAAUGUAUGACACUGAAAUCUAAAGUAAUUCUAUUUUCAGAUAGUGAUUGUGGUAUCUCAAAUGAUAUGGUGUCGUGAUGUACACAAAAUCCUUAAACUCAAGUCCAAAGUACAAGAAUCAUUGAUUGAAUUUGAACAAAAAUAUUUCAAAUUAAGUAUUUCUAUCACAAAAUCGCAUUAAAAUCUAGGUUAUAAUUAAGAUUUUUAUCACUAAUGACGAAGGCUUGC